AUGCACCGUUUAGCCGCGGGCUGCAUUUCCGAGAGGACUCCCCUCUUCCAUCUUUACUCAUCCCGUGCUAAUGCUUCUUUCAGUGCCAUCGUCGUCGGAGCAGGAGGCGCCGGCCUGCGCGCGGCAGUUGGUCUGGCAGAAACAGGACUGGAGACGGCGUGCAUCACGAAGCUGUUCCCCACCAGAUCGCACACGGUCGCCGCACAAGGCGGCAUCAACGCCGCCCUGGGCAACAUGACGCGCGACGACUACCGCUGGCACAUGUACGACACGGUCAAAGGCUCCGACUGGCUGGGCGACCAGGAUGCCAUCCACUACAUGACGCGCGAGGCGCCCCGGGCCGUGUACGAGCUCGAGCAGUACGGCAUGGCCUUUUCGCGCACGGCGGACGGCAAGAUCUACCAGAGGGCGCUUGGAGGACAGAGCCUGGACUAUGGCAGAGGAGGCCAGGCGUAUCGCACGGCUUGUGCGGCGGAUCGUACGGGACAUGCUAUGCUGCAUACGCUGUAUGGGCAGGCUUUGAAAAAUAACACGCAAUUCUUCAUCGAGUACUUUGCCCUCGACCUCCUCAUGGUCGACGGCGCCUGCGUCGGCGUCAUCUGCCUGUCCCUGGAGGACGGCACGCUGCACCGCUUCUUCGCGCGCAACACGAUCCUGGCCACAGGGGGCUAUGGACGCGCGUACUUCUCGUGCACGUCCGCGCACACGUCGACCGGCGACGGCAAUGCCAUGGUCGCGCGGGCCGGCCUCCCGAACCAGGACAUGGAGUUCGUGCAAUUCCACCCCUCGGGCAUCUAUGGCGCCGGCGUCCUGAUCACCGAGGGCGCGCGCGGAGAGGGUGGUUUCCUCGUCAACGCCCACGGCGAGCGCUUCAUGGAGCGCUACGCCCCCACGGCCAAAGACCUGGCCAGCCGUGACGUGGUCUCGCGGGCGAUGAACCUCGAGAUCCGCGAGGGACGCGGCUGUGGACCGGACAAAGACCACGUCUACCUCCAGCUGUCGCAUCUGCCGCGCGAGCUGAUCCUGGAGCGGCUGCCGGGCAUCGUGGAGACGGCGUCCAUCUUCGCAGGGAUUGACAUCACGCGCGACCCGAUCCCAGUGCUCCCGACGGUGCACUACUGCAUGGGCGGCAUCCCGACGAACUACAAGGGCCAGGUGCUGACCGUCUCGCCGGCCACAGGCGAGGAGCGGACGGUGCCCGGUCUGUAUGCCGCCGGAGAAGCAGCCUGCGUCAGCGUCCACGGCGCCAACCGCCUGGGGGCGAACUCGCUGCUCGACAUCGUCGUGUUCGGCCGCGCCUGCGCCAGCCACAUCGCAGAGAACAACGAGCGAGGCAUGCCGCUGCACGGCUCUUCGCCGCCGCCGGCGGAAAUCGGCCACGAGUCGAUCGCGGAGAUGGAGCGCAUCCGGACGGCGGACGGCGACGUGCUGACGGCACAGCUGAGGCAGGACCUGCAGCGGACGAUGCAGAACGACGUCGCCGUGUUCCGGACAGCGAGCAGCCUCGAGGCCGGCAAGGCCAAGCUGCGGGAGGUGGAUGAGCAGUUCGUCACCCGUCUGGCGACGCGCGACCGCAGCCUGAUCUGGAACUCGGAUCUGGUCGAAACGCUGGAGCUGCGCAAUCUGCUGACGUGCGCGGCGCAGACGGCCUGCAGCGCGGCCGCCCGCACAGAGAGCCGCGGCAGCCAUGCGCGCGAGGACUUUCCUGAGCGUGACGAUGUGCACUGGUUGAAGCACAGCCUGACAUGGCAGCGAGGAGCGACGGAGAAGGUCGAGAUCGGGUAUCGGCCGGUCAUCAUGACGACGCUGGACGACGAGUGUCCGCCUGUGGCGCCGAUGAAGAGGAGUUACUAG